CCCCAGUUCCGGUUUCGGCCUCUACUAUCCGGCUUCGGCCCCUGGGGCUCCUCGCAGACGCCUGCUUUCCCUGCUCCACACGGGCACCUCCUCCUGGGCGUCCGCCGCCGGCAUCCCCGCUCGCCCCGCCCGGGGAUGGGGCCUUCCACCGGCCUGGGCCGGCCCUCGUGGGACCCCCGGGGCGACUCGGCGCCCCCGUGACCACCCAGCCCGCCCAGUGCUGCGCCCCCCAGGAUGAAGGGCGGCGAGGGGGACGCGGGCGAACAGGCCCCGCUGAACCCGGAGGCCGAGAGCCCCGCGGGCUCGGCCACGUACCGAGAGUUCGUGCACCGCGGCUACUUGGACCUUAUGGGGGCCAGUCAGCACUCGCUGCGGGCCCUCAAUUGGCGCCGCCUCUACCUCAGCCGGGCCAAGCUCAAAGCCUCCAGCCGCACGUCUGCCCUGCUCUCGGGCUUCGCCAUGGUGGCCAUGGUGGAGGUACAGCUGGAGAGCGACCAUGAAUACCCGCCAGGCCUACUGGUGGCCUUUAGUGCCUGCACCACCGUUCUAGUAGCCGUGCACCUCUUUGCACUCAUGGUCUCCACGUGUCUGCUGCCCCACAUAGAAGCCGUUAGCAACAUCCACAACCUCAACUCUGUCCACCAGUCGCCACACCAGCGACUCCACCGCUAUGUGGAGCUGGCCUGGGGCUUCUCCACUGCCUUGGGCACCUUCCUCUUCCUCGCUGAAGUUGUCCUGGUUGGCUGGGUCAAGUUUGUGCCCAUUGGGACGCCCUUGGGCACACCAGCCCCCGUGGUACCUGCCUCCCAGGUGCCUGGGACUCUGUUACCACUGACCACCUCCCUUCGUCCAGCUUCCAAGGCGUUCUCCACUUCUGUAGCUCCAUCACGGGCUGAGCCAUCUGAGGCCUGCCCACCCCGGCAAGGGUGUGUUGCUGGAGGAGGGGCCCAUGGGCCAGGCUGGCAAGCAGCCAUGGCCUCCACGGCAAUCAUGGUACCCGUGGGGCUUGUGUUCGUGGCCUUUGCCCUGCAUUUCUACCGCUCCUUGGUGGCACACAAGACCGACCGCCACAAGCAGGAGCUGGAGGAGCUGAGUCGCCUGCAGGGGGAGCUGCAGGCUGUGUGAGGCCCACGUGCGCUACUGCUGUAAACACUGCCGCCCUCCUGUCUGCAAGAGGACCCCGGUCCGCAGACCCCAUUCCCUGCCCCUGCCUGGAGCCGCUUCUUGUGGCCACUCUCAGGCAGAGACCAGAUUCCUGCCUUCAGGGUCCUUUGGGCUGGGCCUUGGAGCAGCUUCCACAUUCCCAGGGAUUCUCCCUGUCAGUCUAUCCCAGUCUGUCUACUCUACAUCUGGGCUGGGAGGAGCAAGCGAGGAAGUAGCAGGUCUUCAGUCCAAGGAUCAUGGUAGGUAGAGGGGAGGCAGGGAGAUCCUGGUCAGACCUUUGGUGCUGACCCUUAGCCACUUACCCCUGUACAGGAUGUGGAGGUCAGAAGGUUACACACCCAGCCAGCUGCCUCAGAAGGCAGUCAACCCUUGCUUUAUUUCUGUAGAAUCUACUUUGUGGUUGGCAUUUGGGGGAAGCUUUCCCCCAUCUCCAGAUUUUGAUGGGUUCCACAUUCUUGCUUUAGCUGCUGUAGAGAAGGAUUUGUGUGGUUCUACCACAGACAUAGGUCCAGCCUUACCUAGGAGGAGCCUCCCUAUUUUUGGAGGUUCAAGUGCCUGCCCCACUGCCCUACACCCACACUUAAGCUUCUAUGUCUGGUUCUCACUCUCCUAGGCCAGGGCUGGAGAUCUUUGGAGACUGAGGGCCCAUGUGCCCAACCUGACUCCCUAGAAAGGGUCUUGGGGUGAGAAGGUUUUAAGGGAGAAGGUCCAGUCACUAGCCCUUGGAAUACAGAGCUAUUCUGGCACUGAGUUUUUGAUGCACCUUGUUUUGUAUAAUAAAAUGUGUU